UUCACUAAGCCUCUUCACCACUCAAUCUUCUAUUUUGAAAUAUAUGACAUUAAUUACAUGUUCCUCUCUCUAUAUAAUAUACAACCACAGAUUGUGCUCACAAACAGCUAGAAGUCCUAAAAAACUUAGCUGUCUCAGCUUUCAUUUGCCUCACAAGACUUCUCCCAUAGUUCUUUCAAUUUCCGUUUUCUGUUUCAGCAAAUUUAUUCUACUACAACAAUGGCUAUCAGUCGAAUUCUUAGACGAUCUUUGUCAGCUGAAAAAAGAUCAACUUCAGGAACUGAAGUUCCAAAGGGACAUUUUGCUGUCUAUGUCGGGGAGAGCGAAAAGAAGCGCUUUGUUAUCCCAGUAUCGUACUUGAACCACCCCUCAUUCCAAGAUUUGCUGUGUCAAGCUGAAGAAGAAUUUGGGUUCCAUCACCCAAUGGGUGGCUUAACCAUUCCUUGCAGUGAGGAUUUAUUCAUUGAUAUAACGUCUCACUUGGGCAGGAGAUGAUAUACAAACAAUGUAAUAAAGGAACACAGUUUUGUAAAGUCAGAUUCUUAGACAUUCUUCUGUUUUUUCUCCUUCCCUACAAUAGUGGACAUUUGUAUGUACCCCUGGACAAAAUCAUAUAGUAUGCUAUACAUGAAAUAUUACUCACCCAUUUUCAGAUGAAACUCAAUACUUCAAAUCUUUCUGUUUUCAGUUUUGUUUCUUUGUGCUGUCAUCUUCCCUGUAAGCAAGUAUUAUUACCAACACUAUUAACUUGAUGUAUUAGUGUU